AUGGUUAAAACACAAUAUCGUAGUGUUAAAACUGGCAAAGUCAUAAAUCAAAUCCAGUUUGCUCCUUUUUCUUCACUUGAGAUGCAAAAAGAAGCACAUAUUCAUGUCGUUAGUAAAAAUUUGUAUUCACAAGAUGCUGCACGAACACCAGCUCCAUUUGGUGUACUCGAUCCUAAAUUGGGUGUUUGUGGAGGGAAACGUAUAUGUGAUACAUGUCAUCAAGAUGUUACAAAAUGUCUUGGUCAUUAUGGUUAUAUUGAUCUUCAAUUACCUGUAUUUCAUAUUGGAUUUUUUCGUUCAAUUGUUGUUGUUCUUCAAACAAUUUGUAAAAAAUGUUCACGUGUUAUGCUUAAUAAAGAAAUGAAACAAACCUUUCAACGUCAAUUAUGUCGUCCUGUUUUAACUUAUUUACAAAAAAAAUCUCUUAGAAAACGUGUUCAUGAAAAAGCAAAAAAAACAACCAUAUGUCCAUAUUGUGGAGAAUUAAAUGGUGCUGUUCUUAAAUGUGCUCUAUUAAAAAUUGCUCAUGAUAAAUAUCGUACACAAAAACGACAACAUAAUACAUUAGUAGAUAUUAAUGAAUUAUUUCAUUCAGCUCGACAAAGCAAUGCAGAAGUUGGUGCACUUAUUAGUUCAUAUACAGAAAUACUUAAUCCAGUUCGUGUUUUAGAAUUAUUUGAACGUAUUCCAACAGAGGAUUUACCUUUACUACUUAUUGAUGAAUCUAUAAUUCAUCCACGUGAUUUUAUACUUUCAAGAAUUCUUGUUCCACCAAUAUGUAUUCGACCAACAGUUCAAUCUGAUUUUCGAGCUGGCACAAAUGAAGAUGAUUUAACAAUAAAAUUAAGUGAAAUAAUUUUUUUAAAUGAUGUUAUACAACGUAAUCGUUUAAAUGGUGUUAAAAUGGAUAAACUUGUUGAACAAUGGGAUUUUUUACAAUUACAAUGUGCACUUUAUAUCAAUAGUAGUUUAUCUGGUAUUCCAGCUCAUAUGCAACCAAAAAAAUGGAUACGUUCAUUUGCACAACGAUUAAAAGGCAAACAAGGUCGUUUUCGUGGAAAUUUAUCUGGUAAACGUGUCGAUUUUAGUGCACGAACAGUUAUUUCACCAGAUCCAAAUUUACGUAUUGAUGAAGUUGCAGUACCAAUUCAUGUUGCAAAAAUAAUGUCUUAUCCAGAAAUUGUUAAUAAAACAAAUAUAGAAUUUAUUCGACAACUUGUUCGAAAUGGUCCUGAUGUACAUCCAGGUGCAAAUUUUAUAAUUCAUCCAAAAACUGAACAAAAAAAAUUUCUUAAAUAUGGUGAUCGAAAUGAUAUGGCUGCUAAAUUACGUUAUGGUGAUAUUGUUGAACGACAUUUAAUUGAUGGUGAUGUUGUUUUAUUUAAUCGACAACCAUCAUUACAUCGUCUUUCAAUAAUGGCAUUAUAUGCAAGAGUUAUGCCUCAUAGAACAUUUCGUUUUAAUGAAUGUAUUUGUUCACCAUUUAAUGCAGAUUUUGAUGGAGAUGAAAUGAAUCUUCAUUUACCACAAACAGAAGAAGCUAAAGCUGAAGCACUUGUACUUAUGGGGACAAAAUCAAAUCUUGUUACACCACGUAAUGGAGAAAUGAUUAUUGGUGCAACACAAGAUUUUCUUACUGGUGCUUAUUUAAUUACUCAACGUGAUGUAUUUUUUGAUCGAGCAAAAGCUUGUCAAUUACUUACAUGGAUACUUACGAAUAAAGAUGGAUUAGAAAAAAUUGAUUUACCACCACCAACUAUAUAUAAACCUUGUCAAUUAUGGACAGGCAAACAAUUAUUUAAUGUUAUACUUCGACUUAAUAAUUCUUGUAAAGAUAUUAUUAAUUUACGUGCAAAAGGUAAAGCUUAUUCAGGUGAAGGUGAAGAUUUAUGUUGCAAUGAUGGAUUUAUUGUUAUUCGUAAUAGUCGUCUUCUUCUUGGUUGUAUUGAUAAAAGUGUAUUAGGUGCAAAUGGAAAAACAAAUGUAUUCUAUUUACUUUUACGUGAUUGUUCCGAAGUAGCAGCAGCUGUAGCUAUGGCACGUUUAGCACGAUUAACUAGUUACUACUUAAAACUUUCUGAUGUUCGUGAAUCAGCUGGUAAAUUAUGUCUUCAAGAAUUACAACGAUCAAGUAAUAGUCCAUUGAUUAUGGCUAUUUCUGGAUCGAAAGGAUCAAAUAUUAAUAUAUCUCAAAUGGUUGCUUGUGUUGGUCAACAAGCUAUAAGUGGAUCUCGAGUACCAAAUGGAUUUGAAGAUCGUUCAUUACCACAUUUUGAAAAAGAUUCAAAGAUUCCAGCUGCAAAAGGUUUUGUUGAAAAUAGUUUUUAUUCGGGUUUAACACCAACAGAAUUUUUCUUUCAUACAAUGGGUGGUCGUGAAGGUCUUGUUGAUACUGCUGUAAAAACAGCUGAAACAGGUUAUAUGCAACGUCGUCUUGUUAAAUGUCUUGAAGAUUUAUGUUGUCAAUAUGAUAUGACUAUACGAACAAGUACAAAUGAUAUUGUACAAUUUACAUAUGGUGGUGAUUCAUUAGAUCCAAUAUUUCUUGAAGGUAAAGAUCAACCUGUUGAUUAUGAACGUAUUUAUCAACAUGUACGAGCUAAAUAUCGUUAUAAUGAUGAAUAUCCAUUAAAUGGAAAUGAUAUGAAUGAUUAUAUUUAUCAACAACUUCAACAAAAUGAAUAUUCAAUUAUGGAUGAAGAAUAUAAAUCACAAAUUAUUAAAUUUAUUCAUAAUGUUUCAUUAAAAGUUGAUCAAUUUCGAAUAAAAUAUCGUAUUAAUGAUAAUUCAAUGGCAAUUAUUGAAGAAGAUGAACAAGAAUUACAAUCAAAUUUAAAUCAAAAACGUGUAUCAACAAUAAUAAUAAAUCGUUCAAAUAAAAAACAACGUUCAAUACCAAAUGUUCUUUAUGAAAUUGAACGAUGUACAAAAUCACAAUUAUAUGAAUUUCUUCAAUUAUGUAAAUAUAAAUAUGGUCGAGCACGACUUGAACCUGGUACAGCUGUUGGAGCACUUUGUGCACAAAGUAUUGGUGAACCAGCAACACAAAUGACAUUAAAAACUUUUCAUUUUGCUGGUGUUGCUUCUAUGAAUAUAACACUUGGUGUACCACGUAUAAAAGAAAUAAUAAAUGCUGUUAAAACACCUUCGACUCCAUUGAUUACAACUGAAUUAAUAAAUGAACAAGAUCAAAAUUUUGCACGUAAAGUUAAAGGUCGUAUUGAAAAAACAUAUCUUGGUCAAAUUUCACAAUAUAUUGAAGAAGUAUAUGAAUGUGAUGAUUGUUAUUUAUUAAUAAAACUUGAUCUUGAUCGUAUACGUUUAUUACAACUUGAAAUAACACCAAUGUCAAUUAUAGAUUCAAUUGUUACAGAUAAAAAAAUGAAAAAAGUUAAAUAUAAUCAAUUAGAAUUAAUAUCAUCUGAUAUAAUUACAUUACAUGUUAAUGAUACAUCAAAAGGAAAUAUGUAUUAUACAAUCAAACGUUAUAAAGAAGUUUUACCAAAUAUUGUUGUUAAAGGUAUAUCAACAGUUGAUCGUGCUGUUAUAACUCUUGAUGAUAAAAAUGGUAUUAAAUAUAAAUUAUUUGUCGAAGGUGAAGGUAUGAGAGAUGUUAUGGGUAUACAAGGUGUUAAUGCUAAUAAAACAAUAUCAAAUAAUACAAUGGAAGUAUUUCGUUGUUUGGGUAUUGAAGCAGCACGAACAACAAUUAUUAAUGAAAUUGUUUAUACAAUGGGUUCACAUGGUAUUGGUCUUGAUGUUAGACAUGUUAUGCUUCUAGCUGAUUUAAUGACUUAUAAAGGUGAAGUACUUGGUAUGACAAGAAAUGGAUUAGCGAAAAUGAAAGAAAGUGUUUUAAUGCUUGCAUCAUUUGAACGUACUAUUGAUCAUUUAUAUGAUGCUGCUUAUCAUGGACAAAAAGAUACUAUAUGUGGAGUAUCUGAAUGUAUUAUAAUGGGUAUACCAAUACGUAUUGGUACUGGAAUAUUUCAAUUAUUAUAUAAACAUCCAAAUCGUGGAAGUUUAACACAACGAAAAUUAUUAUUUGAUAAUCUUGAUAUGCAUCAACCACUAGUUGUUUCUUGA